AGCUUUCUGUGUACAGUCACAUCAUAGAAAUGUAAAUCUUCACAACACCCACUAUUGUUUAGUAUCUGAUAUUAGCACACUACAUGCUCAGUUAUGAAAAUAUACAUUUAAAAAUGAUCAAAAUAACCAAUAAAGAAAGCGUAUCCAGUGGCUGGAUCUAAGUGACAUCAUUCCAGUGCACCAUCCCCCACAUAAAAAGUAAGAGUAAGUUCACCUUCAGUGGUUGAGUUUGAAAUUGUGAUUUUUGUAAAAUUAUUGUAUUAAUUGCCAGUACCAAUAAGUGACGUCACAUACUCCUUCCCACCACUGCGGAUCUCGAACCAUCCCCAGAAAUCUUCUGUAAAAAGUGCUCCCCCUGUUGCGUCCAAAUCGUAUAUUUUAUUUAGGCUAAUCGUACUGAUUUAAUAUUUUGUGUUGUGUUUGUAUAUUUGUAUUAUAUUCGCUACUAUUUUUUAACAAAUUCUAUUUUAUGUAUACAUUGUACCUUCAAAUCUUACCCGAGUUUCCAGGCGGAACCAAAGAAUCGGCCAUUUUUCUCCGGCAGGUCAUAUUUAAAGAACGGACCUGUCGGUGUUUCUAGUUUAACCUAAUAUUUGUGUCAUAUUAUAGCCAUGUAAACGUCUUGCUGUUUGUUACCCGUGUGGGUGUAAACGCGGGGAAUCAUUUUAAUAAAUGUUUCGAGUUCACCAGCUCCGCAAAACACGGAGGAUAAAUGACGUCACUGGUCAAACGUUAAAGCCUAAAAGCACGCUAUGGUUGAACUGGUCUACAGCCUGUCACUCUGUCCCUGACCAACUGUGUCCGGGCGACAAGAAGCAGGUAACUGAAAAACAGAAACCUCAACGAUCUCCAUGUCAACCAGUACUGGACCUCUUCAACCAGCAGUACAGUCAGGAACUUGAAAGUUUGUGGCCGUCUAUCAGGUCUGUGCUUCUAAAGCCUCAGUCCUGGCAGCAUGGGGUCAUGCUGAAUCGUUUUACUUCUGUGACCGGUGUCACACAGACUCUCCUGUCACAGGGGUUUUCCAGGAUCCUGCCACAAUCAAAUGCCCCUGCGCUGCUCCAUGAUUCCAUUCUGACAGGAAACAACCCUUUGUUAUCAAACGUCUUCGAUUGCCCCCCUGAUGAUGACAACGACACUCAUCCCCAGUGUGACAGCACCCCCUGCUCUCAAAGUGAGGACCUUCAGUUAGAGCGGUUACACAGUUUGCCCCAGCCUUCACUCCAGUGUUAUACCCACCCCCACCCACUGCGAUUUCCCUCCCAGCCUCACAGAGCAGGUCAAAUAAAGCAGUACUACCUCCUGAACGCCUCCUCCCUCCUCCCUGUGCUGGCUUUACAAGUCUGUGAUGGGGAGAAAGUUCUGGAUCUUUGCUCUGCUCCUGGGGGCAAAGCAGUGGCCAUAAUGCAGUGUGCCACCCCAGCUCUUCUGUGUUGUAACGAGCCAGAUCCUCACAGACGGGACUGGCUGGUCAAAACUCUGGAGUCCUUUCUGCCCCACGCACUCAGGAGCAGAGUCAUUGUGUCUUCCAGGGACGGACGAUGUGCUGGGCAGAAUGAAGCGGUAACGUACGACAAGGUUUUAGUCGAUGCCCCGUGUUCCAAUGACAGGAGCUGGCUGUAUUCUUGCAGCAGCCCGCAGGGGGAGCAAAGACUGAAGGAAAAGGCCAGGCUACCUGCACUCCAGGCUCAGCUGCUGAAGAACAGGGUUGCCGUGGAGCGGCCAGGAGGACUCGUAGUCUACUCCACUUGCACACUGUCCAGAGCUGAAAACCAUGACGUGGUGGAGACGGUUCUGAGGGCGUGUCCUGAGGCUGAACCUGAAGACCUGUGGGAGGAAAUCGCUGUUCCUUUCUCUCAACAGUUUGCUUUUGCCCCCAGUUCUUACACAAAUGGAGACCCCUCCCACAAUCGUCCAAAGCCGAUGAAGAAACAUGCUGACCACAGACUGGGGAUCCUGGUUGUUCCUCAACCGGGCAAAACCUGGGGACCGAUGUUUUUGUCUCGGAUUAGAAGAAGAAGGUAGCGUUGCAUAAAAUGAUGUUUGAAAAAUGAAACAUUGUCUUUUGAGCGUGUUUGGGUUUUUCAGACUUAAAGUACUACAUUGUAUUCAUACUACUUCAGUUUGGUACUUAACUAAGCAUACCUGGUAGACUUUAAACAAAGUGUAGUAUUAGCAUUUAUACUGAUAACCAGGACUGUCACAUUUAAAUCAGUAAUAAGGACUAAAUUCAAAUGACAGUUUUUGAAAAGGACCCAAACCUUUGGUGUGACCAUUGACCCACCAGGUCAUUUAGCAGGCACAGGCACAGGUUUUUGUGACAUUUUGUUUGGAUUGGUUUAUCCGUCCUGAACGGCCAAAUGCUGCUAUCGCUAAUGUUUUUAAUGAAGUCACUUUAAUCUUUGGACUUAAUGACAAGUUGACCAGUCGUCCUAGUAAUCGCACCUUUGAACUUUUGGUCAAAAACAACCAAGUCCACCUACUGGUCAACAGCCUCAGUUCCAGUAUUCAAAGUUCCUUCUAAAAGCACCCUUUUUAAAAAGCAUCUGAAUGUCUAAAAGUAGCAGAGAAACUUGAAAAUAUGAGAAACGUCAAUGAUUUUCAUCUUGCAUGUAUGAGGCAGCAAAUGGGCUUUUACUCAUUAAAAUUUGAUCACCACUUGA